AUAAAACAAAAAAAAAAUGAUUUAAAAAAAGAAAACAGGUUUCUUUUCUGGUUACUUUUGGUAGUACUUUUCGUUGAGAUCGAGUUAUUCUCGUGAACAUUCCCAAACACGCCUUAGGAUUUCACGACAAUUUUUUUUUUUUAAUUAUUUUUUUCCUUUUCUUUUUUUCUUUCCUAACUGUAAUAUCAGAAUCUCCAAAAACGCCUGUCAUUUUAACCAACCACCUUAAAAAUAUCGACACUCACCUUCACCUGCCUCUUCCCCCAAUCCGAUUCCUCGACGGAAAACCCCAAAACAUCGCCGACCCAUCUCGGAAUUUCACCUGAAUUUCACUCUCGCUGCACGCGCAUUGCGAAUUUUCGGCAAAAAAAGAGAAUUUUUUUGAGGUUUUAGUGCAAAAAAAGGUGGAAUCUUUGUGCAGUUGGAAAUGGGCGUCGAUUACUACAACAUACUGAGAGUGUCGAGAAGCGCGACGGAGGAGGAUUUGAAGAAAUCGUACAAGAGAUUGGCGAUGAAAUGGCACCCAGACAAGAACGCAGUCAACACGAAGGAAGCGGAGGCCAAAUUCAAGCAGAUUAGCGAGGCCUACGAUGUCCUGAGCGAUUCGCAGAAGCGGCAGAUCUACGAUUUGUACGGCGAGGAAGGGCUGAAAUCCGGGCUCCACGCGCCGCCCAAGGACAGAGAUUCCGGCUACGGCGGAGGAGCGGCGGCGGGGUUUAAGUUCAGCCCCAGGGACGCCGAGGAUAUUUUUGAGGAGUUUUUUGGGGGGAGCGCCGCCGGCGGCGGUGGGGGGUUGAAGAAGGCGGCGGUGAUGGAGAGUAAGCUGGCGUGUAGCUUGGAGGAGUUGUAUAAGGGGUCGAGGAGGAAGAUGAAGAUAUCAAGAAUUGUUCUUGAUGGGUCAGGCAAGCCCGUCACGGUUGAAGAGGUUCUAUCCAUACACAUCAAGCCCGGUUGGAAGAAGGGCACGAAGAUUACGUUUCCUGAGAAAGGGAACCACGAGGCUGGGGCUGCCCCGGGAGACCUAAUCUUCGUGGUGGACGAGAAGCCCCAUCAGGUUUUCAAGAGGGACGGCAAUGAUCUGAUAAUCAACCAAAAGAUCUCUCUGCUCGAUGCUCUCACGGGCAAGACUCUCAAGAUAUCAACCCUAGACGGGCGAGACCUCACUGUCUCAGUGUCGGAUAUCAUAAAACCCGGCUAUGAAAUGAUGAUCCAGAACGAGGGCAUGCCUAUAUCUAAAGAGCCGGGCAAACACGGAGACCUACGGAUCAAGUUUGACAUCAAGUUCCCCUCGAGGCUCACGGUUGAUCAGAAAUCGGACCUCAGGAGGGUCUUGGGCAGGACAACCGGUUAGUUCUGGGGCCUGUCCGAAUGCUUAUUAAUUAGUCUGUCUUAACUCUAUUUGUAUAUACUUGAACCAGCCGAUUUUCGGAACAGAAAAAAAAGAGUUCUUGUGCAUAGUAGGACAAACAGAUUGAGGUUGGUUUUCUUUUCGCUUAGCGAAGUAUUUUUUUGUUUACUGCUAAAACAAAACCUUCCCUUGAAAUUUGAUGUUGAAAUCUGUAAAAUGCAAUGUUUCUGUGUAAUUUUGUUUCAAGUUAUAUAUCUUGAUUUCUUGGUUGUUUGGAGAA